AUGACAGUACUGUUUGGGUAUGCAGACUACGAUUUUCCUUAUGGAAGGGAUCGAAUCAGAGAAAUGUGGAUGAAGAACAGAAGACCCUUUGAUUACAAAAGCACUAACGUCGAGAUGCUCUAUAAGUAAGUCAAUUUUUUAAGAGAAAAUGUCGUUUCAGGUUGUGUGUAGAUGUUGUAAAGUGUCCUGUAUACUACACUGUGCAAUACGACCUGAAUACUCUCCUUCAAAAUUUAAAAAUUAUGAAGGUGUUUCCUGGAAUGGCCUUUGAUAUUCGGCUUGAAAUGACGGUGAAAUUCGAGGAUUCUGACGACGAAAUCCUCUCAUUGGACUUUCAACGGAGUGGUCUCUUCAAAGUUACAUUGUUCAUGACGAUGGCAAAUAAUGACAAACGUUGGCGAGGGCGAAAACCAGCACAAGUUUUGCUUGAUCUCAACACGAAGGACGUAGUAAGUCGAUAACGUUUCGAAAGGAAAUUUAAGCCUUGAAAUCUGGCUUAUCUAAAGAUGACGAUUUAGCCCGCAUUAUGCAGAAAGAACCAAGAUUGUUAAGCUUAAGGUUGAAGGAAAUUCAACAUUUUUUUGACGAGAUUUUCGGGAAAAGUUUCUGUCAGGUUCCUAAUGGAUAGGGUAAUAUUCCUGGCGCAGCGGAAUCUCGGGUCUGCUUUGAGGUGAGAUGUGUUUAAUUUUAGCGUCGUUUUGACAACACUGGCUGUUAUGCGCUGUUUUACGACAAGGAAUCGAAUCGUUUAUAUCACGCCGAAUUCACAGACGAUCUACAAGUUGUAAUUCGUUACGAAGUUCCCGGAGAACCAGCUGUUUCCCUCUGUCAAUUCCCAAAUUCAUUGGAGGCGUUGAGAAAUUUUGUAUUAUCAGUUCGAAGCGACGACCUAUUCUUUGUCUCCUCAAACAAGUACGGCAUGGAGAUUUUUUAUUACAACAUAAGAGAUAAAUUUCAAUUUCUUUGCGAACUUGAUGGACUACUCGUGGAUUUUAUUCAGAAUGGAAAUCGAAUCAUUGUUCGGACUGCAAAGUGCGUGAGUUUAUAUGUGAUGAACCCCGACCAUGGGAUUGUUAAUGUUUGGGAGAAACGGACCUUGGGCUGUGAUCGGAUGGACGAUUCAACUUAUAUUUAUGGCUUUGGCGAUCGAAUUGAGGUAAGAAUCUCUUCUUCAUCAAAAUAUUUGUAGUGAAGUUCUUGGAUUACCACACUCAGAUUUAG